AUGGCAAACUGUGCUUACAGCUCCUUUUUGGCGUUUGUAUGCAGCGUUUGCCUCUUUGGCGUGACAAAGAGUUAUCUGUCCAUACCUCUGAAAAUGUACCCGGGGAAGUACAACGUGUCGUCGGCGGUGGGUUUGUCUGUCACUCGUCUCGUCGGACUCCCGCCUGAUGGGACGGGUCUCUCUCUGGCCUCUGACCCCAGCGGUCAAGUCAACUUUAUGGACAUGGUGGGCAACCUGCAAGGGGACUCUGGCCGAGGCUACUACAUGGAAAUGUUAAUUGGCACUCCCGGACAGCAGCUCAACAUCCUGGUGGAUACCGGAAGCAGUAACUUUGCAGUGGCUGCAGAUUCACACCCAUUUAUUACUCGCUACUUCAACACUGCACUCUCCAGUUCUUAUAGAUCAGAUGGCCAAACUGUAGCUGUCAGAUACACCCAGGGUAACUGGAUGGGUGAACUUGGCAUUGACCUUAUCUCCAUCCCUAAUGGCCCAAAUGGUACCAUCAACGUCAACAUAGCUGCCAUCUUGUCUUCUGAAGGCUUCUUCCUACCUGGGAUAAACUGGCAGGGCAUCCUCGGACUAGCCUAUCCCAUGCUGGCUCGGCCAGAUUCAUCUGUGGAACCCUUCUUCAACUCUGUGGUGAAACAACUUGGUAUUCCUGAUGUAUUUUCCCUCCAGAUGUGCGGGACUGGAAUCUUGACUAACAACGUAGCUGACCCUCCGGGUGGUAGUCUUAUCAUGGGUGGGGCUGAACCAACUCUCUAUCGGGGCUCAAUCUGGUACACCCCUAUUGUUGAGGAAUGGUACUACCAAGUGGAAGUUUUAAAGCUGGAGGUUGGCAACCAGAACCUGGAUCUGGACUGCAGAGAGUAUAACAUGGAUAAAGCUAUAGUUGACAGCGGCACGACACUUCUGCGACUUCCCAUCAACGUCUUCAAUGCGGUGGUGGACGCCAUCACACGCAGCUCUCUGAUCCAGGAGUUUUCAUCAGGGUUCUGGGAUGGGACCAAGCUUGCAUGCUGGAUUAGGGGAGAUACCCCUUGGAGAUUUUUCCCCAAACUGUCAAUCUACCUAAGAGACACGAACACCAGCGAGUCCUUCCGCAUCACCAUCCUCCCUCAGAUGUACAUCCAGCCAAUCACAGAUGUGGAUGGCACGCUGGACUGCUACCGCUUCGGUGUCUCUUCAUCUGCUAACGGCCUUGUGAUUGGCGCGACUGUUAUGGAGGGUUUCUAUGUGGUGUUUGAUCGUGCCCAGCGCAGGCUGGGAUUUGCCCUCAGCAACUGUGCAGUUAACGGGGGAGUGGCUCUAUCCGAAAUCGAUGGACCCUUCUCAGUGUCAGAUGUUGCGUCAGACUGCUCUGGCAAAGCGCUGAAGGAGCCUCUUCUUUGGGUGCUCUCUUACACCCUCAUGGCCGUGUGCGCCAUCAUUCUUAUCAUCCUGCUGUUGCUGCUGGUUUUGCCCUGUCGACGGCGAGGCUACUCCGGCGAGAUUACCGACCAGUCCUCUCUGGUGCGGCACCGUAUCAAGUGA